ACUCCAGAAUCUUCCUCGUCUACAACACGGGCGCGCAGGGCUGCCUGGAGACGAAGGACUCGCUGGUGAGACUCGCCAAGGGCUGCAACGCCAGCGCCCCCGCCCAGCAGUGGAAAUGGGUCUCACGGAACCGCCUCUUCAACGUGGGGGCCAUGCAGUGCCUGGGGGUGUCGUGGCAUGGGGCCAACGCCACGGCGGGGCUGCACCCCUUGGCCACCUACGAGUGCGACCGUGAGUCUGUCAACAUUCGCUGGAGCUGCCGUGGCCUCGGGGAGCAGCUCUCCCAGCAUCUUGGUGCCCGCCCGGGCAAUUCCUCCCUGGACAGGGGGGACCAGGCACGUGGCUCGCAGUGGAGGACGUAUGGUACCGAGGACGAUCUCUGCUCCGUGCCCUACUCUGAGAUUUACACCAUCCAGGGCAACUCGCACGGGAAGCCGUGCACCAUCCCCUUCAAGUAUGACAACCAGUGGUUCCACGAGUGCACCAGCACGGGGCGGGAGGACGGCCAUCUCUGGUGUGCCACCACCCAGGAUUAUGGCAAGGACGAGCAGUGGGGCUUCUGCCCCAUAAAGAGCAAUGACUGUGAGACCUUCUGGGACAAGGACCACCUCACCAACAGCUGCUACCAGUUCAACUUCCAGUCGACGCUGUCAUGGCGGGAGGCCUGGAAUAGCUGUGAGCAGCAAGGGGCCAACCUGCUGAGCAUCACCGAGAUCCACGAGCAGACCUACAUCAACGGGCUGCUGACGGGAUACAGCUCCACGCUCUGGAUUGGGCUCAACGACCUGGACAUCAACGGAGGCUGGCAGUGGUCAGACAACUCGCCCCUCAAGUACCUCAACUGGGAGAGCGACCAGCCAGACAACCCCAGCGAGGAGAACUGCGGGGUGAUCCGCACCGAGUCAUCUGGGAGGUGGCAGAACCGCGACUGCGGCAUCGCCCUCCCCUACGUCUGCAAGAAGAAGCCCAACGCCACUGCCGACCCCUUCCUGACGGACUCGUGGUCGGAGGUGAAGGUGGACUGUGAGCCCAGCUGGCAGCCCUUCCAGUCCAACUGCUACCGGCUGGUGGGAGAGAAGAAGAGCUGGCAGGAGGCGAAGAAGACCUGCCUGCGGAGCGGGGGGGACCUGGUCAGCAUCCACACCCUCUCCGAGCUGGAGUUCGUCACCAAGCAGAUCAAGCAAGACGUGGAGGAGCUUUGGAUUGGCCUAAAUGACCUUAAGCUGCAGAUGAACUUCGAGUGGUCGGAUGGGACGCCCGUGAGGUUCACCUACUGGCACCCCUUCGAGCCCAACAACUUCCGCGACAGCCUGGAAGACUGCGUGACCAUCUGGGGGCCGGAAGGGAGGUGGAAUGACAGCCCGUGCAACCAGACCCUGCCAUCCAUCUGCAAAAAGCCUGGGUGGGUGAGCCAGGAGAAGGAGGAGGAUGACCACGGGUGCCGAAAGGGCUGGAAGUGGCACAGCCCCUCCUGCUUCUGGCUGGGUGAGGACCGUGUCCCCUACAGUGACGCCCGCAAGCUGUGCUCCGACUACGGCUCCACGCUGGUCACCAUCACCAACAGGUUUGAGCAGGCCUACGUCAGCAGCCUCAUCUUCGGCUGGGACGGGGAGUAUUUUUGGACAGCGCUGCAGGACAUCAACGAGACGGGCGCUUUCCGCUGGCUGAGCGGCGACGAGGUCAUGUACACCCACUGGAACCGCAACCAGCCCGGUUACAACAAGGGUGGCUGCGUGGCCCUGGCCACCGGCAGCUCCACGGGGCUGUGGGAGGUGAAGAACUGCAGCACCUUCAAGGCCAAGUACAUCUGCCGUCAGAACCUGGGCACCCCGGUGAACCCCGAGCUGCCCGGUCCCUACCCCACACCCAGCCUCACUGCCACCUGCCCCCUGGGAUGGAGCUCCGACUCCAAGCUCCGCCACUGCUACAAGGUAAUGGGGGCCGGGGGGCUUUCCCUGGCCAUUGUGGGGGUGCAUGUGCCUCCCCACUGGGAGUCGGAGCCGGAGCUCCAUGAGCAGCACUGGUUUUGGAUCGGCCUGAACCGGCGGGACCCGGCGGGGGACAGGGGCUGGAGGUGGAGCGACGGGCUGGGGUAUUUCUACCACAACUUUGACCGCAGUAAUUACAACGAUGACGACAUCCGGACCUGCGCGGUGCUGGACCUGGCCUCCCUGCAGUGGAUGCCGAUGCAGUGCGAAGCCCAGCUGGACUGGAUCUGCAAACUGCCCAAAGGUGCUGACGUGAAGGAGCCGGAGAUCACGACCCAAGGCAGCAAAGAGUGGGUGAAGUACCAGGAGGCCGAGUACAAGUUCUUUGAGCACCACUCGACAUGGGUGCAGGCGCAGCGCAUCUGCAGCUGGUUCCAGGCGGAGCUGGCGUCGGUGCACAGCGAGGCCGAGCUGCGCUUCCUGAGCCAGAACCUGAAGAAGUUCUCCAGGGGCCAGGAGCAGCACUGGUGGAUUGGGCUCCACACCUACGACCAUGACGGGAGGUUCAAGUGGUCCGACGGGUCCCUCCUCAACUUUGUGUCCUGGGCGCCAGGCAAGCCCCGGCCCAUCACCAAGGACAAGAAAUGCGUGUACAUGACUGCGAGCAGAGAGGACUGGGGAGACCAGAAGUGCCUGACGGCGCUGCCCUACAUCUGCAAGCGGAGCAACGGGACGUCUGCGAAGCCUUCCCUCCCGCCACUGCCCGCUCCUGCGAGCGGGGGCUGUCCCCGCGGCUGGCUGGCCUUCCUCAGCAAGUGUUUCAGCUUCAACGGCCAUGACAAAGCUGAGAUCGUGAAGUGGCCGGAGGCAAAGCAGGCGUGUGAGAGCCAGGGUGCUGUCCUGGCCACCAUCGCCAGCCCCCUGGAGCCUUUCAUCACGUCCAUGCUGCCCAACAUCUCCUUUAACCUCUGGAUUGGCCUCCACGAUGCCCAGAGAGAAUUCCAGUGGGUGGAGGGUGAGCCGCUGCGGACGUUUUUUCCCGGUGAGCCCUCAGGCUGCAGCCCCUCCAGCCCUCGCGACAAGCCGACCAACUGCGUGGUGGUGUGGCAUGGCUCGCCCCCCCACUUCACGGGGCGCUGGGACGACCGGAGCUGCGUGGAGGAGAAGCACGGCUACAUCUGCCAACGGAGCAUAGACCCGUCCCUGAGCCCCGCACGGACACCGUACCCCCUCUCGCCCACCGGCACCCUUUUUUACCACAACAGCACCUACCGCAUCCUGCAGAAACCCCUCAGGUGGCAUGAGGCGCUGCUGCUCUGCGAGACACUCAACGCCACCCUGGCCACCAUCCCCGACCCCUACAGCCAGGCUUUCCUCACCCAGGCCGUCAGCAGCCUGCGGGCUCCACUCUGGAUCGGCUUGGCCAAUGAUGAGGUCACCGGCUGCUCCUACAUGGAUGUGGACGGGAGCUGGCGCACGGCCGGCUGCGACACCAAGCUGCAGGGGGGCAUCUGCCAGCUCCAAGCAGGUGCCCCCCGCACACACAAGUGGAGCUACAGCGGCAGCUGCCCCAAAUCGCUGGAAGACUCGUCCUGGAUCCCCUUCCGGGACCACUGCUACACCUUCCACAUGGAGAUUACCCUGGGGCAGAAAGAGGCCAUGAGGAGGUGCCAAAAAGGUAGGGGUGCGGUGUUGUCCAUCCAGGAUGAGAUGGAAAACGUCUUUGUGUGGGAGCACCUCCAGGCGUACGAGGGCCCAUCCAAGGGAGCCUGGCUGGGCAUGAGCUUCAACCCCAAAGGUGGCACCCUUGUUUGGCAUGACAACACCGCUGUGAACUACUCCAACUGGGGCCAGCACGACACGGGGCCCAGCAUGCUCAGCCAGAACAGCUGCUACUGGAUCCAGAGCAGCAACGGUGUGUGGCGCCUGGGCUCCUGCACCAACGUCACCAUGGGGGUCAUCUGCAAGAUCCCCCGAGUGGAGGAAAGCAGCUUUUCCAGGGCAG